AUGAAUUUCUCAGAGGAGUACUUGGAUGAUUAUUAUGACAUGUUCAUUCAAACUGAUCAUUCAGAGCAGGUAAAUCAGUCCAUACGGGUGGUGUCCAUGGUCCUCUACAGCAUAACCUGUGUCCUCGGUAUCCCAGGCAACGCCUUUGUCAUCUGGAUAGCUGGAGUGAAGAUGAAGAGGACAGUUAAAACCGUCUGGUUUGUAAACCUGGCUGUAGCAGACCUCCUCUGCUGUAUCUCCAUACCCUUCUCAUUGGCUGAAAUCAUACUGAACCAACACUGGCCAUUCGGAGAGGCUAUGUGUAAGGUUAUCCCCUCUGUCAUGUACCUCAACAUGUUUGCCAGCAUCUUCACCCUGGUUCUCAUCAGCCUGGACCGCUUUGUCCUGAUCAUCCUGCCUGUCUGGUCCCAGAACCACCGGAGCAUCGCCCUGGCCUGGUUGCUGUGUGGUCUGGCCUGGGUCCUGGCCCUGCUCCUCAGCCUCCCCACCAUGAUCCAUAAUGGGACCAUCGAUGUUAGUGACGACAACGAAGAAAUUAUGUGCACCUCUAUAUACCCCCUUGGCGAAAACAAAAUUAGGGGCAUCUUUUUGGCCAUCAAAGCCACCCAUGUCCCCAGGCUGGUCCUCGGCUUCCUCGUUCCCCUGUUGGUUAUCGCUGUCUGCUACCUGCUCAUCGGCAGGAGGGUGAGCAGCGGUCGCUUCAAGUCUCAGAGGACCUUCUGGAUCAUUCUGGCUGUGGUGGCAGCAUUCUUUGUGUGCUGGCUGCCGUAUCACAUCAUAGGUAUGGUGAUUGGGUAUGGUAGGUUUGCCUCGGCAGGUGAAGCCUGGAAUUGGUACCCUGUGGUCAUCUCUCUGGCCUAUGUCAACAGCUGCCUCAAUCCUAUCCUGUACGUGUUCAUGGGCCAGGACUUCAAGGAGAGGGUCAGGAUCUCUUUCCGUAAAGUAUUUGAGAAUGUCUUCAGUGAGGAUGCCACAACACACACAUCUGUGUCUCAGGUCUGAGUCCGAAAUGUCUGAUAACUCUCCUGGGUCGUAUUCAUAAACUUAGGUUAUAGGGGACGUGUUGCCUUUAUCUUAAUGAAUUCCUACGCUGGUACUUGAUCACAAAACAUUGUGACUUGUUGAGUCACUAAAUGAGAAUGAUCUGGAUGGUAUGCAUUAAAAAAUAUAUUUUACAAGCAACAAAGUAAUAAUGCAUUGUGAGGUCAAUGCCUGAUAGUAAUAUUGAUUGCAUUGAUUUUGAAUUCAA